AUGAUCAUGAGAGCUUCCACUAGAACGGCGGUGGCUACCACCGCCUUCCUCUCUGGACGGGCGGGGGCCUUCCUGUCGUCGGGAGGGCUCUGGAGACACGAAGGAAUCAGCAGGGCCAACACGGCGCGAUGUUUAUCGAUGGAGGCAGAGCGGGAGAAGGUCGGCUUCAUCGGGCUGGGAAUCAUGGGGACCGGCAUGGCGUCGAACCUCAUCAAGGGCGGGAGGGACGUAAUCGUCUGGAACCGAACCGCUAGCAAGGCCGCCGAUUUCAGCAAGCGCACGGGGUGCGAGACCGCGGCCACGCCCAAGGAGGUCGUGGAGCAGUGCUCCAUUACCUACAGCAUGCUCUCGACCCCGGAAGCCGCGUCGGAAGUGUUCUUCGACCCCCACGACGGCGUCCUGGCGGGGCUGUCGAAGGGCAAGUGCCUGGUGGACUGCGCCACCCUACAGGUCGAGGACAUGCAGGACAUGUACAGCGAGGCCAUCGGGAGGGGCGCCAAGUUCCUGGAGGCUCCGGUGUCGGGCAGCAAGGGACCCGCGGCGGCGGGUCAGCUGGUGUUCCUGUGCGGCGGGGACGAGGACCUCUUCGAGAGGGCCUCCGAGGACCUCGACCUCAUGGGCAAGGCGAGCCACUACCUCGGGCCCGCGGGAAAGGGCACCGAGAUGAAGCUGGUGGUGAACAUGAUCAUGUCCACGAUGCUGGUGUCCGUCGCGGAGGGGAUGUGCCUCGGCGACUCCCUGGGCCUGAGCAGCGACUCCCUGAUCGAGAUCCUCGGGCAGGGCGCCAUGGCCAGCCCGAUGGUCGCCCUCAAGGGACCCCUGAUGGCAAAGAAGGACUACUCGUCCAACUUUCCCCUCAAGCACGCGCAGAAGGACAUGCGUUUCGCCCUGGGCCUUGGCGACAAGGCGGCGCAAGCCCUCCCGGUGGCGGCCGCAGCCAACGCGGAGUACCUGCGAGCCAAAAAAAACCACGCGGACGACGACUUCUGCGCCGUCGUCGAAGCGCUCCGGUCCAAGCCGGAGAAAAUCAAUUCGAAUUUGUAAUUCUGGUGCCGUCGUUGUUGUUGCCUCUGUGCUCAUAAGAGACGGUGUUGUGGCACGCAGUUCGCUGAUUGGAAAAAAAAACUGCGACGGAAUUUCAAAACAUAGGCACGACCCAAGAUCUCACCGUGGACGCCUUCUUUCUCACAAAGUCGUGUUUAUCGUAGCUCGCAGCACGCGGUUCGUCUAGAUGGAUUUGACCUUGACGGGUGCAAGAUGUACUUAGCUAAGACUUUUCGCUUCACGUGUCAGGGGACGUGUCGCCGAAAGCCAUAUUUACGAGCGAUAGGCAAAAUUGCUCUAAACAAGGUUAUUGUUGUUGUAGAAACCACUUACAUUGAUUGCCGUUGUGGAACCUACGAUAGUAAGGCUACAUUAUAUGUUCGUGACACGAGGCAAACAGUAGUUGCUGGACGUGCGGUGGGGAUAGGCGACUCCGGCUGUCCAGAGGUUCAUGUCUCGCGGUUGAAUCAAAAAGGAGGAAAGGGCGACAUGAUUGAUGCUGUGAGGACACC